AUGAAAACAUUUAAAGCACUGUUGGAAGCAUCGAUGGUUUUAGGACCCGUUAUUUGCUUCAUUCCACAAAUCUAUAGAAAAGAGAUUGUUUAUAAUCCCAUUCUAUCAUUACUAAUAAUUCUAUCAUCACUAAUUAAGUUGUUUAUUUUUUCUAGUGAUUCACUUAAAUCAACAGUAUUGUUACAUAAUUUAUCAUUAAUACUUUUACACACUUAUCUGUUAAAACUUAAUAAAAAAGUAUCUUUAAGUGUAGAAAUAAAGAAGUUUAAAUUGAAGUUAAAGUAUUUUAACUUGUUGAUAAUCACUACUAUGUUUUCAUUAAUAUUCCUUUAUUUUGUUUCUAUGAUUCAUAAAAGAUUUAUAUUUGAUCCUAUGAGUGCCACUCUAGACUGUUGUAUUGCAUUUUUACAGUAUAUUUUUUAUAGAGAUGAUGCUAGAAAACCUAUCGAGAUGUUUUUAAUCGGUUUAUUUGGAAAUAUAAUUAAGUUGAUUUUAUUUGCAUUUGUUGUUAAAAUUCGAGUUUAUUUGCUUAUUUCAGUGUUAUUACAAGUAUUUUUUGAUAUUUCAAUAUUGAAAUCGUAUAAGAAAGCUCUUCAUGAAGACACACUUGAAUUUGUUGAAGAUUUUAAAUAA